AACUGCAGAAAACACGAUAAUGAAUGAAUACGUCCAUUCAUAAUUCGGUAGGAGCUCAAAACCUUUGUUUGGAGUUAACUAAAACAUAUGAUGAAGGGGAAUAUGCACUAACCUCUCUUUAUUUUCUCUAUAAGACCCACUACAAGCCUCUCAUACUUCUCCCCCACCCACCUCUCUCUCUCUCUCUCUCUCUCUCUCUCUCUCUCUCUCUCUCUCUCUCUCUCUCCAUGGGGGAGGAAGGCAACAACAUGGAGAAGAGGAUUAAUAGUAGCGAAGAGACCGAGGUUCGGAAGGGCCCAUGGACCGUGGAGGAGGACCUCAUCCUCGCCAACUACAUCGCGAACCACGGCGAAGGCGUUUGGAACAAUCUCGCUCGAUCCGCAGGUAGUUUAUAAUCGUGUGCAUGACUAUGGUUUCAUCUACAUCUCCUUAUGCUUUCUUGGCUCCUUCUGGUGAAGGUUUGAACCGCACGGGGAAGAGCUGCCGCCUGCGAUGGCUCAACUAUCUGCGCCCCGACGUGCGGCGCGGGAACAUCACGCAGGAGGAGGAGCAGCUGAUCAUAGAACUUCACUCGAGAUGGGGUAAUAGGUGGUCGAAAAUUGCGAGGCAGCUGCCUGGAAGGACUGAUAACGAAAUAAAGAACUACUGGAGGACAAGAAUACAAAAGAAGGUUAAGCAAGGCGAACCCUUGGACUACCAGAAUGUCGCUCUUACCGACGAAACGAGCACCAGCAGCCACACGAAUAGCUUCGACGAUCACAAUAACAAUAAUUUGAGUUACGCGGAGCAAAGUAUGACUGAUCAAACUCCUGAUGCUCUCGCGCCGCAGUUUUCUGCCGAAUCAACUGGAGCUUUCUGGGCCGUCGAGGACUUUUGGCCGAUCCAGUCAUUCAACGGGGACUAGAGUGAAAAAAAGUGUGUCAAUGCUACUUGUAAUGGGCAUCCUAAGAAUGAGGUUAACUGGCUUUCACUAUCUUAGCUAGCAGUGAUUAAUUACUGGUGCAGUAAGUAUUUGGUGUAUAAAAGGAUACUCAUCAAGUAAGCUUAAUUAUGCAAUAAUCAUGUGAAUUGUUCUAUUUGGUUGAAAAUUAAGCUUUUGUUUAUUUUGGCUUUAGUUUUU